CCGAGGCUGAAAUCCCCAGAUGCCCGGUCCUCUGGGCUGGGCUUUCCCCGCCUUCCUUCCUUUUCUGUCUUGCUCGCUCCGAUCCUGCUUUGUGGAUUUUACCCACUGCUCAUGAAACAGCUUUUUACCUACAGUGACAGAGCUCCGCGUCCUUGGGCAGGAAGUGCUCAGAGCCUGAUAUGGCAGACUUCGCUCGCCGGCAGAACUAAAGAACUCUUCUAUUCAUGAAAGUGAGCACAAAGGAUGUUUUGCACAUGAACCCCGAAGGAAACCUCUGAUACAUUGCCUGUCACAAGAAAAGGGAGCCAACAUGAAGGGAAACGUGGUUUCCACAACUGCUCUCGUCCUGCUUUUUCUCAACAUCAGUCUUCUGAAUGGUCAGUCACCUCCUGGAAAACCUGAGAUAGUUAAAUGUCGUUCUCCGGAUAAGGAAACAUUUACCUGUUGGUGGAAGCCUGGGACUGAUGGAGGACUUCCUACCAAUUACUCACUGACUUACCAGAGGGAAGGAGAGAAAACCCGCUACGAGUGCCCAGACUACAUAACCAGUGGCCCCAACUCCUGCUUCUUCAGUCAGAAGCACACUACCAUAUGGAAAAUAUACAUCAUCACAGUAAACGCCACAAACCGCAUGGGAAGCAGCGCCUCGGAUCCACUUUACAUCGAUGUGAUUUACAUAGUUGAACCAGAACCCCCUCAGAACCUGACUUUGGAAGUAAAACAACCAAAAGAUAAAAAACCAUAUCUGUUGAUAAAAUGGUUCCCACCCACUGUCAUUGAUGUAAGAACUGGUUGGUUCACAAUGGAGUAUGAAGUUCGACUUAAGCCCACAGAAGCAGAUGAGUGGGAGGUCCAUUUUGCAGGGCAGCAGACACAUUUUAAGGUUUUCAGUUUAUAUCCAGGACACAGAUACCUUGUCCAGACUCGCUGCAAGCCAGACCAUGGAUACUGGAGUAAGUGGGGCCUAGAGAGCUCCAUUGAGAUACCAAGUGACUUCCCCACGAAAGAUACAACCGUGUGGAUCUUUGUGGCCGUUCUUUCUGCUGUCAUCUGUUUGGUUAUGGUCUUGGCAGUGGCUUUGAAGGGCUAUAGCAUGAUGACCUGCAUCUUUCCACCAGUUCCUGGGCCAAAAAUAAAAGGAUUUGAUGCUCACCUGCUGGAGAAGGGCAAAUCUGAAGAACUCCUGAGUGCCUUAGGAUGCCAAGAUUUCCCCCCGACUUCUGACUGUGAGGACUUGCUGGUGGACUUUUUAGAAGUCUAUGACAAUGAGGACGAGCAGCUAAUGCCACCCCACUCAAAGGACUAUCCAGGUCAAGGUGUUAAACCUACACAUCUGGAUCCCGACAGUGACUCUGGGCAUGGGAGCUAUGACAGUCAUUCACUUUUGUCUGAGAAGUGUGAGGAUCCUCACGCUUACCCCUCCACUUUUCACAUUCCUGAGGUCAAUGAGAAGCCAGAGAAUCCUGAAGAAAAUAUUCCCUGCAUUCCAGACCCCCAGAGCAUAAGCAAGGAAGGCAAUGGCCCCUAUUUUCCUACAGAUGAGUCCAAAUCUUCAACAUGGCCUUUGCCUCAGCCUGGCCAACACAUCUUUAGAUCUCCUUACCAUAGCAUUGCUGACGUGUGCAAGCUGGCUGGAGACCCUGCAGGUGCUCUGGCCUCUUUACUGGACAAGGCAGAAAAAGAUAUUUUAAAAUCCUCUAAAACCUUUGAGACUGGAGGGGAAGGAAAGGUGGAUGAGCAGAAAGAAAUGGAAGACGCCCACUCCGAGACUAAGCAAGACGCAUCAUGGCCGCUGCUCCGGGAGAAAGCCCCACUCAUCCACGGCAAACCCCCAGAUUACGUGGCAGUCCACAAGGUGAACCAAGAUGGAGUGUUGUCACUGUACCCAAAGCAGAACGAAAACGGCCACCAGCCAGAGAAGUCCAGGGCUCCUGAAGGCAACAAGGAGUAUGCCAAGGUGUCUGGGGUGAUGGAGAGCAACAUCCUGGUGUUAGUGCCGCAUGCACAAGCUACAAACAUGGCCUUGUGUGAAGAACCAGCCAAGAAGGCUCCACCAUCUCUUGAACAGAAUCAAUCUGAAAAAGACCGGGCCAGCCUCACUGCAGCCUCCAGCAACUGCAGAGGCCCUCUGGGAGGAUUGGAUUACCUGGAUCCUACAGGCUUUGUUCACUCCUUUCACUGAUAGCUAGACUAAUGGAAUGAUUGGACCAAAUGUGAUUUCUCUUCAGGUCACACUACAGAGCGGUAAAAGAAGGCAGUCUGCUAGCAAGUGCUCCCGAGUGUGGGUACAAUGACACUACUUCACUCCUUGCCAUUCUCCAUGUUCAACCCUUGCCUCCUUCCGGCAGCUGAUCUCCGGAACAAAUCAAUUUACUCUCCUGUGAUUUGUAGGUUCGCUUUUUGCUAUUAGUUAUAAAAGUUAUGUGUGCAGUGAAAUAACAGCACAUGUUUAAGUAUUCUUGAGGGGCGAUGUCAACAAGUGCAGCCUCUGGGAUAAGCUCUCGUGAUUUGGCAUGUGACAGAAGGAAAUUAAACAGUCAAAAUGAUUUAGUACAUGAUGAAAAAUAUAACGAAAACACCAUGAAAACUGCUUUUAAAAUCCAAUUGCUAAACCUUUACACUCCUCUUUCAUUUUAUUAGGGUGACCCAAAAAUAACGCAUUCUUCUAAAGAAUGCAUGCCAGGACACCUGCCAAAUUGUUUACAUCAGUUCCUAUACCAUACAGACACAUCAUCUAUAUGCAAAUCAAAUGAUGCCUCCAACUUUUGCUUAAGAUAAUUUGAAUAUGUUGGGCAUAGAUUUAUCUCCCUAAACUUUAUUUUCUUCUAAGCCCUCAAGAGUAUAUAGUCUGGGGAUUUAAAUUUUUCUUGCAAAAGAAGCAAAUGAAUUCCACUUGGUAAAUGAUUUUCAAAUGUUUUCCUGCUUCAUUUCAGCAAGAAAAAUAAUUUAUUAUACACCCUAGUAUUUUUUAGCAA